AUGGAAGCUUUGGAUAUUUGGGAAGCUGUGGAAGAGGAUUAUGAAAUUCCUGACCUCCCAAACAUUCCUACCAUGACACAGAUUAAAUUGUGGAAGGAGAAAAAGACAAGGAAAUCCAAGGCAAAGGCUUGUUUGUUUGCUGAAGUCUCAUCUACUAUAUUCACUCAGAUAAUGACUCUAAAAUCAGCAUAUGAGAUAUGGAAUUAUCUCAAGUCAGAGUAUGAAGGAGAUGCAAGAAUCAAAAGAAUGCGUGUGAUAAAUUUGAUUCGAGAAUUCGAGUUGGAGAGGAUGAAGAAAAUAGAAUCAAUUAAAGAGUAUUCUGAUAGGUUAUUGGGCAUAGCAAACCGAAUCAGAUUACUUGGUUCUACAUUUAAGGACUCAAGAAUUGUUCAAAAGAUUCUUGUAACAAUGACUAAAAAAUUUGAGGCAUCUAUUUCAGCCUUGGAAAAUACCAAGGAUCUAACUCAAAUUACUCUUGUAGAAAUUCUCAAUGCUUUACAAUCACAGGAGCAAAGAAGAGCUAUGAGGCUAGAAGGUGUUGUUGAAGGAGUCUUGCAAGCGAACCAUGAGAAUGCAAGGAACAACAAGAAGAAUCAAAAUCCUAAUGGAGAAUCCUCAGUCAACAACAAAAUAGGAGUUAAAAAGGGGUCCUAUCCUCCAUGUCAACAUUGCAAUAGAAAGGGUCAUCCUCCUUUCAAAUGUUGGAGAAGACCAGAUGCCAAAUGCACCAAAUGUAACCAAAUGGGACAUGAGCUGUAA